CACAAUUUGGUUAGAUCCUUAAGUUUGGGUGAUUAGGAAGAAAACGAAUCCCACAAUUUGGUUUUUCGCGGUCGCCAUCAUCAGCUCACCGCAUUUGGCUCGCGCAUGCUUAACAAACUCAUAACGGCAUGAUCUCAACAAUAUCUCCAUGAGAUAUCAGUCUUCACUAUAUAUAUGAUAUCGAGUCGUCAUGAGAUAUCAGUGUUCACUCGUCGACCUAAACAUUCUCAGGAAGUAUUAGUGUUGUUCAUCUUUUUUUUCACCAAUUUCAAGAUGAUAGGGUGGGUGGACAUUGGAAAAAUAUUGUCCGCGAUAACACUGCUUUAUUUCGCCCUUGCAUUGGGGUACUGCUCUUCCAGGCGAUGGUGGCAAAUCUUCACGGCAGAAGAUUCCGAAGCAAUAAAUAGAAUGGUCGUUUGGUUUGCUUUUCCAUUUUUCACCUUUGAAUUUACCCUCCACCUUGAUCCCUACAAUGUGAGGUGCAGCCUUAUAGCGGCUGAUAGCAUAGCAAAGUUAAUUAUAGUCGCCGCAAUCAGCAUUGGUGUUAUGUUGAAAUUCCGGAAAGAGGGAUUAUGCGCCGCUGUCACCGACUGGUGUAUAAGCGGCUUUUCUCUUGCGUCACUCACCAAUUCUUUGGUUGUGGGCAUGCCCAUGGCGAGGGCCAUGUAUGGCAACUGGGCAGGGCAAAUUGUGGUACAACUAUCAAUCUUCCAGGCAAUAGUGUGGCUCACCUCACUCGUGGUGGUCCUGGAAGUAAGGAAAGCUUUCGUCUCCGACGCUCAUGACGAGUCUAACAGUUAUGAAGAAGGAUCCUUCAUAGAUGAUGAUACGGUCGUCGGUAGCUCGGGUACCAGCGAAGAUAUGCAAAGCCUCGAAGAGGGGGUUUCAGAUGCCACGAACCAAGAUCUCAGGGGGGAGGAGGCAGUGUCAGUGGCAGUGGUGAAUGGUGCCAGGUUACCGCUCUUCAAGUCGGUGGCACGUAAGUUAGCCUGUAAUCCUAGUCUAUAUGCUAGUGUAAUCGGCAUCUCCUAGGCUUGCAUCUCCA